CGUCAAUCUACCAAAAACUCGCAACUUAAAUUGCGACUUCUUUUAAAAAUCAGUCUAUAAGAGAAGAAUCAAUCGCGAAAUAUUGGAAAUUACGGCCAAUCCCGAUUACUUCGCGUCGUCCAGGAACUGAUUAUGCAGACUAGUUCGAAGCAGGCUGAGAAUCGAGGGAAUUUCCACAGUAUUCAAGUUAUGUUAGGCCUGCAGCAGGAACUGCAAGGAUGUCCGCAACACGAGGCGAUCGCAGCCGUGUCUGCGGCACUCGGAUAUGCUCCGCCACCGGGUCAUCCGCAACAAUCGCUCUCUUUUGGCGUGUCCAGCGCCAGCAGCAUGAGCAGCAGCAUGAUCAACAGCAUCACGCAGCAACAGUAUACCACCGCCCGCCUAAGAGACGGUUUUGCUGAACUCGCCGCUUCGAAAGAUUCAACGGAUCCAUCAAAACAGACGACAGCUACUUCAAAUGAUAAAAGUUCGCCAGCAACAAGCAGUACCGCAGAAAAAACAGUGAAGAAAAAGAAAACGAGAACAACAUUCACGGCGUACCAACUUGAAGAACUUGAAAGAGCCUUCCAGCGGGCCCCCUAUCCUGACGUGUUUGCAAGAGAGGAACUGGCUCUCAGAUUGGCGCUUAGUGAAUCAAGAGUGCAGGUUUGGUUUCAAAACAGAAGAGCAAAAUGGAGGAAAAGGGAACCACCAAGAAAGACAAAUUAUUUACAAACAGGAACGUCCCCAUCCAUCACGAAGACCUUUGCUAAUACCACACCGCUUCCAUCCCUCACCGCCAACAUGGACAGUAGUUGGGCCAGUUUUACCAGCAGCCCAUAUGAUUUUGGCUUCCAAAACGCCCUCGCUACUUCUCCUUAUGCUGGAUUUUCCACAAGCCCGCAUGGUAAUCUCGGAACGAGUGCAGCUUCUUCUGGGUUUUAUGGUGGAAUGAUAUCUCAAGGCGAUCCACUCUUGCCUUCUUUAACACAAACAAGAACAGAUAUGCACCAGAAUUCCAGUCUCAAUAAGUCACCAAGUCCACCAAAUGUUUAUGGAAACGGAAACAAUUCAGCCUCAGAUAAAAAGAUGGGGGGACUUUCUGGACUUGAUCCCCCAGACGUGGAUCCUCACCGACUCAUAGCUUUAUCACCAUUGAUGCUCAAGAAUAAGGACAACUCCGUAUCACCUUUGCCUUCCUUGGACUUUUUCACUUAAACGUUUGCCAAUUUUUGCCAUGAAGUUAAAAUCCUUCCAUCUGGACAAAACACAGUUUAAGUGUUCACGACUACCCACAUAAUGCAUAUUUUUGAGCUUAAGCACUCUGUAUUAGACUGCAGGCUUUAGAUCUGUAAAUUCAUUUAUCAAGCUUCAUUUAUAUAUAUAUAUACUUGUCAUGUUUUAUAUUCGUGAAAAACUGACCUGUCUUACAAUCAGCGACAUUUGUGCUUUGUGGCAGAACGAUUGGUCUUUGAAAGCUCAGUCAUACCUCCUGAUAUCUAACAGGACUUUAUAAUAAAAGUAGUUGUAGCUACUUAUACUAGAGCAACCUUCGAAAAGAAUAUGCACUGCAUUUUGAAGACAAGAGAAGUUGUGAUAUAAAGGCGAAGAAAUUAGAAAUCGUGAAUAUGUAAUUUUAUCAUGCUGUUUAUAUGUAACAUUGCUAGUACCUUGAUGCACACAUUCAAAGUUCAAAUUCAGUACAUAUAUACAUGCGCACAUGGAAGAAGAAGAAUGAAGCAAAAUCUCAUAUUUUAAAGUGUGUUAUGAUUUUGAAUGUGAAUCUUAUGUGUUUGAAUACAUGCACGCUUUUUUUUUUUUUUUUUUUUUUUUUUUUGCUUGCAGAAAAGAAAAUA